CGUUGUCGGGAUACAGUCGUUGUCGGGAUACAGCUGUCUUCUUUUCUACUAGAUCGUAUGAGCGAAGACAGCCCAUUUCAUAAAAAAAGGGCGUUUGUCGUUAGUCAAGUCUUUUUGCUUGGCUGCUUGGCUGAUUGACUGAUUAAUCAAGUGUCAUACAAAAGGGCUUUUGCCGUUAAGCAAGUCUUUUCGCUUGGCUGAUUGGCUGAUUGGCUGAAUGGCUGAUUAAUCAAGUCGGGACAGGCUGUGUGUAGUAAGUAUAUAGGUGGAGUGUGGCAGGUGUCGGGGUACCAGCUGCGAUUUGCUGAUUGGCUUGAUUAAUAACGUCGGGACAGGGUGUGUGUAGUAUAGUUGGUGUGGCAGUUGUCGGGUUACCAGCUGCGGCUUGCUGAUUGGGCUGAUUCAUCAAGUCGGGGCAGGGGGUGUGAAAUACGUACGCGGACUUCGCCCGGUCGUCGCGGUAUCAGUCAGGAUGCUGGAAGAUUACGUUAUCCUGCGCCGGUGUGGAGGCGGUCGCCAUGGGACGGUGAGCCGUGCGACAAGGAAGGCAGAUGGGAGAGCGUGCGUGGUUAAGGUGGUGUCGCUCGAUUGGGUGAGUUAUAAGGACAAGGAGGAGGCGCUGAACGAGCUCAGAGUGAUGGCUACCCUCUGCCAUAGUCAUGUGAUUCGCUACUUAGACUCAUUCAUUGAGAACGAAGCGUUGUGCAUCGUGAUGGAUUACGCGGCAAAUGGCGAUCUCUCGAGUUUUAUAUCGAAGAAAAGGGUGGAGAGGACGGAAGGGUUGAGGAUGAGGGAGGAGGAGAGGGAGAUGAUGACGACGGGCGGCGCGACAGGAUUCCAGCGGCAGCCGCCAUCGCCUCUGGAGGUCGAAGGUCUGGUUGAUGAAGAUUGGCUAUGGAAGAUGCUCGUGGAGAUCGGACAAGGAUUGCAAUACCUUCACGCGCGCAGAAUUCUCCAUCGAGACAUCAAACCCUCGAACAUUUUCCUUGACGAGAACAAUAAUGCGAUGAUUGGCGAUUUGGGUCUGAGCCGAGUUCUGGAUCCGCACGCGAUAUUCGCCCACACGGAGGUCGGAACGCCUCUCUACUUCUCUCCGGAAUUAUGUGAAGGCAAGCCAUACAACCAUAAAACGGAUGUUUGGGCUUUCGGCUGUCUUGUUUUCGAGUUGGCAACAGGGCGUCCUCCUUUUGAGGCGACGAACCAGAUCGCGUUGGCGAAGAAGAUUGUGGGUGAACAGACUCCUCCUCUCCCUCAGAAAUACUCAGCAGAGCUCCAGUUUGUAGUUCACAAAAUGUUGGAGAAGGACAUGAGUAAGAGGCCAUCGAUCGACCAGAUCCUAGAGAUGUCGACGGUGAGGAGCUGGAUUGAGCGGCUGCGAUUGAAGCAGCAAGAGCGUGAGAUGGCAAAGCUUUAUGAGAAGGAUAACCGGGAGCGGCGGCGGAAAGCGGAAGAGCUUGCACGUGCAAACAUUUUUGUUCGGGCACUUCACUAUUUGAACGUCAAGUUUUAUCAGUACAACUGCACUCUGGCCUUGGUCUCCCCGGAUCAGCAGGUUCUGAUUGCGAUUCACGCGCUCAGAGAUGAAGCCGCCAGCUUUGCAAGGUCCCUAGUUCGCGCUGCCAAUUGCAGCGAUGACCCCGUUGCGUACUCCUCGUUCACUUCCCUCACUGAGUUCUUGAAGCUGUUGCGCGAGAGGUUCGCCGAUGUCGCCCGUAGCGUUAAGGCCUCAGACAGGCUGCAGACGAUCCACGCUCGUAAGUGGAAGAGCGCCAGGGCACUUAAGAGUACCAUGGACGAACUGGUAGCGAUCCACGCUCGUAAGUGGAAGAGCGCCAGGGCACUUAAGAGUACCAUGGACGAACUGGUAGCUGUCCCUGACCACGGAGUUACAGAUACCCAGUUGGUUGGCCUCUUUUAUCGGGCUAUACCCGAAGCCCUCCGAGGGCAUUUCUUCGCAAAGAGCGAAGACCCUGCCACUACAUACGAUUCCCUUAGUCGCGAAGUAGUGGCUUUUGAAGCCAAGUCUGCGUCUGUGUCCACUUUCUGGCACAAGGACUUGGACAAGGGUAAGCAAUGGAAGGGCCGCACUAUCUCAGGGCAAGUAAAGACCAAGGACAGUCUUGUCCUAACCUUAGAUGAGGGUAGUGUGGAUGAGAUCCCCUACGACCAGAUUGAGUGGGGGUUAGAGGAGGAGGACAACGGUGUGGGCCAAGGGAGAUCUUACGCUGCUGUCGCGGUUGGAGGGAGGCCGCAAGGAGGAAGAGGCCAGGGCCAAGGGGGUCGGGCCUCAGGGAACCGAUUCCAGGGCGAUCAGGAGGUUGGCGGCAGAGGAGGAAACCGCCAAGCGGGAGGCAGGGGUCAAGGUCCCCCGCAAAACCGUCCUGGGAAUAGGGUGUGUGUAGUGAAGGUGGAGUGUGGCAGUUGUCGGGGUACCAGCUUCGAUUUGCUGAUUGGGCUGAUUAAUCAAGUCGGGACAGGGGGUGCGAAGUACGUACGCGGAGUGCGCCCGGUCGUCGGGGUAUCAGUCAAGAUGUUGGGAGAUUACGUUAUCCUGUACCGAUGUGGAGGCGGUAGCCAUGGGACGGUAUACCGUGCGACAAGGAAGGCAGAUGGGAGAGCGUGCGUGGUUAAGGUGGUGUCGCUCGAUCGGGUGAGUUAUAAGGACAAGGAGGAGGCGCUGAACGAGUGCAGAGUGAUGGCUACCCUCUGCCAUAGUUACGUGAUUCGCUACUUGGAGUCAUUCAUUGAGAACGAAGCGUUGUGCAUCGUGAUGGAUUACGCGGCAAAUGGCGAUCUGUCUAGUUUUAUAUCGAGGAAAAGGGUGGAGAGGACGGAAGGGAUGAUGAUGAGGGAGGAGGAGGAGAGGGAGAGGGAGAGGGAGAGGGAGAGGGAGAAUCAGCGGUGUCACCGGCAAGCCGGGGGAAGUGGUGGGGAGAAUGGAGGUGGAGGGCGUGGGUGUGGCGGAGGGUUGGUGGUGGGGGGGGGGGAUCAGCGGAAGAUGAUGACGACGGGCGGGGCGACGGGAUUCCAGCCGCAGCCGCCAUCGCCUCUGGAGGUCGAAGGUUUGGUUGAUGAAGAUUGGCUAUGGAAGAUGCUCGUCGAGAUCGGACAAGGAUUGCAAUACCUUCACGCGCGCAGAAUUCUCCAUCGAGACAUCAAACCGUCGAACAUUUUCCUUGACGAGAACAAUAAUGCGAUGAUUGGCGAUUUGGGUCUGAGCCGAGUUCUGGAUCCGCACGCGAUAUUCGCCCACACGGAGGUCGGAACGCCUCUCUACUUCUCUCCGGAAUUAUGUGAAGGCAAGCCAUACAACCAUAAAACGGAUGUUUGGGCUUUUGGCUGUCUUGUUUUCGAGUUGGCAACAGGGCAUCCUCCUUUUGAGGCGAUGAACCAGAUCGCAUUGGCGAAGAAGAUUGUGGGUGAACAGACUCCUCCUCUCCCUGAGAAGUACUCAGCAGAGCUACAGUUCUUAGUUCACAAAAUGUUGGAGAAGGACAUGAGUAAGAGGCCAUCGAUCGACCAGAUCCUAGAGAUGUCGACGGUGAGGAGCUGGAUUGAGCGGCUGCGAUUGACGCAGCAAGAGCGUGAGAUGGCAAAGCUUUAUGGGAAGAAUAUGGGAAAUGGUGGAGCAGAACAGAGAUCUGCUGGUGGUUGUGUGAAUAACUGUCCGCUGCUGCGGGAGGAAUGCGAGACUUUGCGGUCUCAGCUGCUGCACCAACAGAAUGUGAAUUUAUGUCUUGAGAGCAAGCUUAGGUCCUGUGAGAUUCAAUGCAGCGAGUUGGCGACGGAGUUGGGAAAGAACCGAGAGGCGAUGAAUGAAAUGCAGAUGAAUUAUGCCGCCAGCGAGGCUCAGAACAGGGAUCUUUUGGGAAAGCUCAGUCAGAUGCGGUCAUCGCACGAUGAUCUGUUGCUGCAGCUGAAAAGCACUGAACAGAAAAGGGAGGAGCUCAUAAGCCAUUUGGCGGAUUGGAUCAUGCAGUGCAAAGAUCUAAAUCUCAGACUGAAUGCGAGCGAGUCCGUGCAAGCAAAGUUGAAGGCGGCGUGUGCGGAGAACGACUUGUCGAACAAUCAGCUGCGCUGUGAAUUAGCAGCCAAGAAGAAGAGGCUAGUACAGCUGGAGUUUCAGCUCUCGCGAUUCCAUUCCUUGCGAGAUCUGAUAGAGACAAAGCAGGCAGGAGCUGCCGGUAGCAAGCUGUCCCCAAGAGGGACGUCGAUGGACAGGGGCGGAAUUGGGAAUCCCAUCAUUGAAUGCAAUGGGACCAUGGAAUUGUUCCACGAACGUUCAGUUAACGAAGAAGCCGAAGGAGAUGACGGAACAGGAGGGAUUGUGGUGCCGCAACAGGCAGAUGACCGAGGGUCAGGGAAGGAUACAAACACGAAUACGGCAGCUGGUAAUCCUAAAAAAGCUAUUGUCAAGGAGGUUGGAGCGCACGGAGGAGGGAGACGUGCAACAGGCUAUAACAAUGCCACAGGUCCUGCAGAGGGGAGAUCGCCGACAAGCAAUAACAAAAGAGCGAUGGCGGGGAAGAUAUCGGGGCUUAGAGUCAUCCCUAGCUAUGGCAGGCUUUCUGAAGAAGGAGCCCAAAGUGUGAGGGACAAUAAAUAUCUGGGGUCAUGCACGCCACGGGGCGGCAAAAGUCCUGCAGCAGCAGCUGGACAUCUUCCGGAGGCGUCGGAUUGUUCUCGUCAUAUUUCAGGUCUUCUGCCAUCUCCAGGAGAGCUGCGCAGUGCAAGCUUUGGAGUGCGAGACGGUAUGGGCUUCCAGGAACCACUGUCAUUGCCUCAUCAGCCCCUGCCACAUACACCCAGGGCACGGCAAGAACAGCAGCAGCAGCAGCAGCAGCAGCAGCAGCAGCACCAGCAGCAGCAGCAGCAGCACCAGCUACUACCUUGCGAGCUGAAGAACAAUCAUCAGCGGAACUUCCAGCGGACGUCAAGCACUGGAGACGUUCUGGGGUAUAAGAUGCAGCGGGCAAACAGAAGGGUGUCGAGCAGGCACCUCUCUCUCGAGGAGUUUCCGACGGUGCAGGAGCUAAUUGGAGGAGAUGAGCUGGUUGCUAGAACCCCCCCGCCCCGAUUACAGCCGCUGCAGGGAUACCGACAAACUGCCAACUCAGAUUUGAGUGGCAGAUGUACAGAAUGCGGUAACAGCACCGAUUUCUGUGGAGGAUGUAGAGUCGGAGGGAAAGCCAACCGGGAAGCAGAAGGUGGUGAAGCUUCAGAAGAUACCACUCGCCGUCACAGCAGGCAAGGAUCGGGUUCAACUGACAAGGGCUACCCAGAGGCGUGCUGGAGGUUGUCGAUGGCCUGCCCUUGCCCCUCCCCACGGAGCGCUUCCAGGGCUCAACAGCAAGAAUUAGCCACCGGCUCUGCCGUGGCAAGCAAUGAAGGACGAGGAGGAUGUGCAAAUGGGAGAAGACGAGGCAAGAAUGUCUGCAAAGAACGCGACCGAAGGCGGCAAACAAGCCUCCAUCAGGCUGCAGCAGGUAUGUUGAGAACUGUUCAGACUCACCCCCAAACAGCGGCCGACUUGGGCAAAGCACGGCCAUGGCAAAGUGUUGAGCUGGAUGGACUUGGUGGCCGCAAUCAGUUUGACGACCAAGGUGGGGUCAACAGGGCGAGGCUGAAGACACGGUUGUCAGCCCCUUCUUGGCCUUUGACCACAGACCAAGUCAAGAGUUUGAUCGAGAGAGUAGAUCCUCUAGGUCAAGCAUCUAGAACAUAGCGCACGUGCGUGCGCGCGCGCGAUCGAUCGAUCGAUCGAGCGAGAGAGAGGGAGAGAGAGGCAGGGAGGGAUCUUUGCUGAUUGUUAUCUUCAUUCAAUGUUGAUUCAUUUGUUUAUUUGUGCGCUGUUUACUAAGGGCUGAUGCAUUUUCGAUCUCGAUAAGCAUGGGCAGUUACCGACGCAUUUUCGACGUCGAUAAGCAUAAUGGGGAGUUAGCUUUCUGUGACUUAGUUUGGAAAGGCUCGGCCAUCAUUACCUGUUCCAAUGAAGAGGCCAGAAUUUG